AUGCUCACCACCCCAUCCAAAGCAAUUACUCUUCCACCCUCCUCAUCGGCAACGCCAUCCUCCUCGUGUUCUUCUCUUUCCAUUCAUCAGGAACAUCAAGAGGAAGGGGACAUGUUGCUGAGAAGAGUGGUUGCAUCUAAUUUUGUUGGAAACGGAACUCCACCUCCUUCUCCUUCCAACAGUAGCGAAAGUAAGAAAAAAAACAAGACCAGAAAAUUUACAUUCAACGUAAUGGACUCUCCAGCAGAAUCUUUUUCUUCGUCGGAUGGUCUUUCUUCAUCUCAACGAUUGGACAAGUUGAGGUCAUUGAGUAUUUCAAUGGAACAAGAUAAGGUUCAAGAGGUUGAACGAUUGAUCGUUGAUCAUUCUCCAAAAGGAACAAAUACGCAGUGUGUCAAAUGGAAUCUUGGGAUGCAAUCGGAUCAAAAGCAAAAAAGACCAUUAUGGGCACCGUCCUUGCUCACCAAUCCUCGAAACAGACCGAAAUCCAAGUCAUGUCCUGCAGAUUACGUGGUCAGCUUUGACAUGGGAGAAAGUCAAGGAGUUGUUUCCAGUCAUGUCUUAGACCCCUUGGAACAUGGCUUUGUACACAACAAUGAAAAGAGAAAAGAAUUAGCAGAAAAGCUGCUAUUGAAAUCACAGGGUUUGCAUUUCAAGCCCAUUUCCAAAUUUUUCAAGUCACAUAAGGGUGUUCGUGAGGAAUCUCUAUAUAAGCAUUCACAGCCCUCCCAAGAGACUCUAAAAAACGGGAAAAUUAUAGGGGGAGGAGUGAAUGACGUACUGAGCAAAACCAUUGAGGAAGAAAUUCAAGAAAAUGAAUGUUGCAAUUAUGAAGAGCUAUUAAGAAAAGGUUUCUAUCUUUAUUUGGGUGUUACAGCCGAUUUAAGUAUUCUAAAAAACACUUUUUUGAAAGAAAUUCCAGAUGAUUCCUGCAUGAAAUUCGAUAACCAGGAGUGUGUUGAACCGUUUCGCUUAAACAUAGCACUUUCCAUUGAUUACGAAUUCAGAACAUCGUAUUUUUCUGUUGUUUCUCACGACUCCUUUUUGGUUAAGGGUUUUGUUGAAACUCUUUCUUCGUUUCCUACCAAUACAAACGAGCAGUUGAAAUUCAUUGAAAACGCGUUUGAGAAAGAUGAAUACAAUAACAUGAAAAUGAAACGCUUGUUCUCGAUGAAACGCCAAGAUUUCCCACCUUCUCAAUUUGUUUCUUGUGAUAACGAUAUUGAGCGGUCCAUAUUGCAUUUUGGGACAGUCCACGGACAAACAGCAGAAUGUGUAUUUGAAAGAAAAAAACAACCAGGAACGAUGGCCCUUUAG